ACCAACACUUUCCUGAUCCUAUAAAGAUCCGCGAGUCGCGCGGCAAUUUCCGCACAAUGAGCUACCAAUUCUACCGAAAUACUUCGCUUGGAAACAGUCUACAGGAAAGUUUAGACGAGCUAAUUCAGACUCAACAGAUCUCCCCUAAUCUUGCUCUGACCGUGCUUCUUAAGUUUGAUCGCGCCAUCAACGAUGCGUUAUCAAACAGAUUACGCAACAAAUUCUCAUUCAAGGGUCACCUGAACACGUACCGUUUCUGUGACAAUGUCUGGACCUUCGUGCUGAAUGACGCCGAGUUUCGCAAUGGCGACUCAAUCACCGUGAAAAAAGUCAAGAUCGUUGCUGUUGAUGGCAAGAAUUCUGCACCUGCUGACUAGGCAGUCUCCCUCUGGUGCAGGAUGGUGUAAUACUGGUUGGUCAGACUUAAUGACAAGGAAUCGACUGCUUGUUUCUCCUACAUCAUGUUCACUUCCGUGGUCCAUACACGGGCUCAUGUAUUAAGUUUUGCUCACAGGGCGUUGUCUGAUGAAGAAUUUCUUCUGUAACGAGCAACAAACCUUUUGAUCAGAACAAGACCCUCUUGUUUCUUACCCUAUUUUUUUCUUGUUUGUAAUUUGUUGUGUGGUGUAUAAGGCUGCAGAAGAGUUAAUGUAGCAAACAUGUAUGUAGUGUUAAACUUAAUCUGUUGGAAAUUAUCUGUGCCAUCAGUUAAUACUGUUUGAAUUCCGAGGUGCCGACCUGAACUUCACUUUGCCUAAAUUCUGUUGUACGUUGUAAAUCUGUCUGGAAAUUUGUCUUUAGUCACAGCUGGACAAUUACCUGGCAUGAAUGAUGUUACAGAAACACUUGUUAAAGAUUAUUUAGCAUGUAAACUUGACAAAUUGGAAUUCAGAAAUUGUGAGCUGUAGGCCAGCAUUACACUCCAUUUGAAUGUGGCUAGGGUAAACUUGAGACAGAAAUGACAUAGCCACAAAACAAUCCCCGGGGGGUUUUGAGGUCCCCACAGCAACUAUUUUGACUCGUCUUCAAUCUCACCUGUAAGUAAAAUGAGCCCAAAUUUCCACCAUUCCUUUAUGCUGUGCCUUGCUGAGCAGCCAAGAAAUCACAGAAACACUGAAUUAAUUCAGGAUUUUAAUUGGCUUUUAUUUUUUUUGGGGGGGGGGAGAAGGAAAGGUGUAGUUUAGUUCUCCGUGAGGAUUAUGCCAUAUGCAUGUUGCUAUCUCCUCUGAAUGGCUUAGUUGUGUUAACAUUAUCUACAUGUACUUACUUUCAUUUACAGCCAACUGUGCACAAGAUUUUCCAGUAAGGAGGUUGUAGAAAAAUAAUGCUCUUAUUGGGUGCAAUCAGUCGAUCUGCACGAUUAGCGGAUUGCUUUAAGUGAUUGGUUAAUUCUUCAUGAAAUCUCAAACUUGACCUCCCUUUUUUUGACACAGUCUUUCACAACUGUGAAUAAGAAAAACAAGGCAAUUGGUUGAUGGCAGAAUUGUCCACAUAUUAUGCAUUAAGAUAAACUGAUUGUGCAAAGACUGGGUGAUCUUGCAUAUCGACUGGUUGCGCCCAACACUCUCAUUUUGGUCAAAAAAGAACCAACCAGUAGAUUAAGCCUUCCAAGUCAUUCCUAAGAAAUGUUGUAACUCAGUUUGGGAAGUACAUGUUCACCAAGUUGAGGGUAACUCAGCAUUUUCAUUGGAAAGCCGGAGGGGAGGUUGCAGCUUGAUUUGAAGUGGCCAAAUACAGUCAGGAGUUCCGCAUUUGUAA